AUGCCUCCUGCUAACCCAGUACAUAAUUUGCCUAUUCAAUUCGCUAACACAAUAGUGCCAAACUGUGAUCUGUCUUCAGCUCUAGAUAUAAUUAAGUUGCAAAUAAGCGAGGCAAUCGACUAUAAUAAUCUUAAGGCCCUGAUAGACGCGCUUAACUACUUAAAGAAGGACGCUCAGCAGAAAAUGUCCAUAAGGAGAGCUAGCCAAGCAAGCAUGCAAACCCAUCGACAGCAUACAUACAUAGCAGGCUCGCUAUUUAUCACUAAAGACGAGACGGAGUCUAAGUCUAGUAAUGAAAACUAUAAGACACGGUCUCCAACUCUUUACGAAGAAAACCAUGCUGAACACGAAAUAAGGAAUGCUGCAGCAGAGACUCUAGUGGAUUAUCCAAGCUUGUUGCUAGUCGACAAUGACAGCCAAGCGGACAAGAUCCUUCUUGAGAGGAAUUGUGGGACUGAAACAACGCAAUUAAGGCACUCUAUGGGAGAAAACCUAUCCUCUCCUACGUCCCAUACAGCAGGGCUAUUUAGUAACGAGCGAGAUGAUUAUACGGAUGUACAGCCGGCGGAGGAAACUAGUGCCACUUCUCUAUAUCAAGCAUUGGAGGAUCUAGAAGAUGCUGAGGAUCAACCGUUUCCCGAGCUUCCAUAUCCUAGUUUGGCCCAUCAGCCAACACUAGGCUCAAUAGUGCAGGAUGUCUCAGAUUCACUCUUCAAUGGCGGACAGUUUGGAGGAGAUAUCUUGAAUAGCUUACCCUUACCGCAAUUUUUCAACAAAGCAUUUGAAGACUUGUAUCCUACCUCUAUGCAUAAUAAGGUGCAGGGAGACGUCGAAGAAAUCGCCGUAUAUCCUAACGAACAAUAUCUAACUAACCAAAGUCACACAGAGAAUUCCGAUGAUAAUCCAACGUUUCAAGGCUACGUAGAUCUCGCUUAUCACUCAGGCUUUCGCCUUCCACAAGAAACUACAAAGGAUACAGAUUACGUUAAUGCUCAGGAGAUCCUAUUACCCUUAGUUAAAGAUCGGCCCCUUACGUCAAGACUCCUCCAUAGUAUAUUAUAUACGUUACUUCCUGGCCCAGUUCUCAUCAUUGAUCUUUAUUCUGAUGCAUUCGAUUCAGAGGCGGUGGAAGGAAGUACCUACACCAAUCUUAUAGCAAUCGUACGUCGAAAUGAAGAUGCUUCGCCUCUACUUAUAGUAGGGCUUGAGAGGAGCAAAACCGAGGUUUUCUUACUAAAUCUAGAGAACUUCGAGCUUAAAGCGUUGCGGGAAUCACUUCUCUGCAAGCCUUCCGAGAUAAAUCGCGGGCGUUGUCUACCAAUAGAGCAACCUAUUUUCGAUAAACUGUUCCACAUCUAUAUCUAUUUAGAUAGGCAAGAAAGCCAAAGUUAUAUCCUAGUUGCUAGAAAUCGAUAUAUUAAAUAUUGCUAUUUUGAGAUAUAUCUGCGUGCUGGUAUUUCUGAGAUACUGCCCCCUACUCCAUAUACUGAAGAAAUAUAUCGAGUUUACGAAAACCUCACUCCUUUAGAAAGAAAGAGGCGAGCUCCUGAUAUGGUUAAAGACGAGAUUUCAAAGAAGAUCGCAAAAGAAUAUGGUGGAAAUGAAAAGCGGAUUCGACGCAAUAUCAACAAAUACAUUAAGGAUGGGAGAAUACUACAUCAUAUUCUGCGAGGUAGAAGGUCCCUAGAUCUAGCUCUGCUCAUUCUAUUUCCAAGCUUUGGAUCCGACUCGCCUUCCCUAAGCAUAACUGAAUUUGGAUUGGAGCUUGAGGAGCUUGAGGAGAAGGUUCUUAUGGAGGCAGCUUGGUUUGGCGAGGUGUUGCAGGCUAGGCCAGAACUGCUAGAACUGAUUCUGAAGGCCGUCUUAGACAUUAUCUCGAAUACCUUAAUAUAUAAUCUGAACCUUCAAGGGCGUGAUCUAGAUAGCUUUCAGACCAUCUCUUGCACAUUUUCGCUACCGGAUUAUUAUCUAAACGGAGAAAUGAAGAUUGAACCUAAGAGCAAUACAAGCAACGAAGACGCAUGGCCUUGUUUAGGCGCUAUCAGUAUCGACCGCCUGAAUAUGCUUGUAUUUUGGGAAAGUUCAUGGCUUUCAGCACGUGAGUACCAUGUACUUCGUCAAGAUGGACAUCAUAGGUGGCUUGUCCACGCUCGAGGCGAAGACGAGCUACUUAUCUCCUGGGAGCCUACAAUAGAAAGGAAGUCAAUUCAAACCUCGCCUCAAGAUUUGAUUUAUAAAUUCUCUAUAGAGGUUCGUAGAGAUCGACCUGGUUUGCUUGGAUAUGUGGCGGCGAAGGCUUUACCCCCCUCUUCAAACGUGCGUACCCGUCUUCCAGCAUUUCUAGCCUACUGGAAAAUUGCCCAAAUGACUAAGGGUCUUUUCUUUUAUCUGCAGCAAACUUAUUCCAGCCACCGGGGCUAUAUUGUCCACGAGGAGUCAGGCAAAGUUUGGAUACAGUGGGAACCCACGUGGGUGGUUUACGAAAACUUGAAUGAAAGUAAGAAACAGCAGCUCUUACAAAUAUCCCAUGAUCCUGAGGCUAUCUUACAUCGCUUCCACAAGGCAAUCGUUCACUAUUCCAUGCGCUCGGUGGUACAAAGGCGCAUUGGUUAG